GGCCACCGUGGUGAUCCGAGCCUGCGCACACUUUAUCCAUAACUUUUAGUUCAGCGAAGCUACACAUUCAGUAAAUAACGACUGAACGACUGAGUUGUGUAAAACGCCUUCAUUUAUGCAGCCGAAAACUUUGUGUUCUCCAUAUUUUUACUGCAAAAUAUCGCUUCUCGUCUGUACUCUGCUGUGAACAUUUUUGUGUGUUUUUUCCGUAUGUCCCGCAAAGCCAGCGAUGACUACAGCCUUCGGAGUAUGAGCAACCUGAAGGGCGAGAGGAGGAAGAAAGUGACCGAUGAUGGAGAGCGGAGUCUCAUCAAGGCUCCGUCUAACGCGAGCAUCAGCAGUCAGGCACCCGCCGCCAGCACCGGGGACGUCGGGGCCGCGGAGCGAGCGGCGCGCCAGCAGUUCCAGCAGGACGUGACACCUGCGUUUGUGUACGUCCUCGCCGCCUUCUCGGCGCUGGGGGGCUUUCUGUUCGGGUAUGACACCGGAGUGGUCUCGGGAGCCAUGCUUUUGCUUAAGAAAGAGAUGAAUCUGAGCGCUCUCUGGCAAGAACUACUGGUCUCAAGUACUGUGGGCGCCGCGGCGCUGUCCGCCCUGGCGGGCGGCUCUCUAAACGGGAUUUUCGGGCGCAGGGUGUGCAUUUUGUUGGCUAGCUUCAUCUUCUCUGCCGGGGGAGUGGUGUUAAGUGCUGCCCCGAAUAAGGAGGUUCUGCUGGUUGGACGACUUAUAGUUGGACUUGGAUUAGGUAUUGCCUCCAUGACAGUGCCGGUCUACAUCGCGGAGUCCUCCCCUCCCCACCUGAGGGGUCAGCUCGUCACUGUGAACACGCUCUUCAUCACCGGCGGCCAGUUCAUCGCCAGCGUCAUCGAUGGUGCCUUCAGCUACCUGCAGCGGGACGGCUGGAGGUACAUGCUGGGGCUGUCGGUGGUUCCGGCGGUUCUGCAGUUCCUCGGGUUCCUCUUCUUGCCGGAGAGCCCGCGCUGGCUGAUCCAGAAAGGCCUGACCCAGAAGGCCCGGCGGGUUCUGAGCCAGAUCCGGGGAAACCAGAACAUGGAGGAGGAGUACGAGAGCAUCCGGGCCAGCAUCGAAGAGGAACAGAAGGACUGUGCAGGAGGAGGCCCUGUGUUCUGCCGCAUGCUGACCCACCCCCCCGCACGUCGCGCGCUCAUCGUGGGCUGCGGCCUGCAGAUGUUCCAGCAGCUGUCCGGGAUCAACACGGUCAUGUACUACAGCGCCACCAUCCUACAGAUGUCGGGAGUGCGGGACGACAGGCUGGCCAUCUGGCUGGCGGCGCUCACCGCCUUCACCAACUUUCUGUUCACGCUGGUGGGGGUGUGGCUGGUGGAGCGGCUCGGCCGCCGCAGGCUCACGCUUGCCAGCAUCCUGGGCACAGCGUCCAGUCUGAUGCUGCUGGCCAUCGGCUUCCUCCUGUCAGCCCAGCACACCCCCCCCGUCACCCUCCACCCCAGCGACCCGACCACGCCCAACUCCACCUGCAUGCAGUACAGGUCCUGUGAGCCCUGCAUGCUGGACCCAACCUGUGGGUUCUGUUACCAUGACAACGGCACCUCUCCAUUCGCCUCCUCUUGUGAACCUGUCAAUCAAGCCUCCACUGGCGAAGCGGCCUGGGGCAGAUGCUCCAAUUCCACCCAGAUGAGGGAGGGGACAUACUGGGCAUAUAACUACUGCCCCACCUCCUACUCCUGGAUCGUGCUCCUCGGUCUCAUCCUUUACCUGGCCUUCUUUGCCCCAGGAAUGGGUCCCAUGCCUUGGACAGUGAAUUCUGAGAUCUACCCCCUGUGGGCCCGCAGCACGGGAAACGCCUGCUCAGCUGGUGUCAACUGGACCUUCAAUGUGCUGGUCUCCCUCACUUUCCUCCACGUGGCUCAGUACCUCACCUACUACGGGGCCUUCUUCCUCUACUCCAGCUUGGCUCUCCUGGGCUCCCUCUUCAUCUAUGGCUGCCUCCCGGAAACCAAAGGCCGGCAGCUGGAGGAGAUCGAGCUGCUGUUUGCGAGGCGGCUGUGCACCUGCGGGGGGCUGGCCUCGGACGAGGCGCGGCACAUUGAGUACAUCAGGGUAAAGGGCAGCAACUACCACCUUUCCGACAACGAGGGUUCAGACGGGGAGUAGCCUGCAGGAGCAGGCGUCCGUCCGAGCUUCUGCUGUGGCAGCUUCACUCAUAUUCCAGAGGUAGCCUCUCUCUCCGUCUGGGUUUGGACGCUCUCACAAUAUUCGUAAUGUGUAACUGUAACGUGUUGAGUUAGCUGGGUCUUCACCGCAGUGUCUGAUUUGUGGUCUAAUACUUCAUGUGUCUUUUUAGCCUCUUCAGAUAAAACAACUGAAUAACAGGAUGAGACUGGCUGGAACGUUACCAUUUUUCCCAACAAAUUAUGUGCAGAACCACAGAACAUGCAGU